CUCUCAAACAGAGUCUCCGAAAAGACGGAGAAGGCGCGAAUCUGCUCCCGCGUCUCCGCGUCGCCUGCGCCCGUUUUUCUGCCCGAGACUGACAGCGCGCAGCGCUUUGCGCAAGUGCGCCGUUUCGUCGGGGACGAGUCGCCAGAAUCUUUCACGCUUCUGGGGAUCUGUUCGAGAGCGCCAACGAAGAGAUUCGACGGCCGUCGGAGUGUCUUCUCCGCGACACGGCUCUCUGACCGAGCAUUCCGCAUUUCAGCCACCAGAAGACAACCAUGGCCACCGGUGCCGGCCAGGCCGCGGCGACGGAGCCGGGCGCUCUGGAGCAGGCGAAAGGUGAGAAAACGGGAGGCAAACGAAGGGAAAAGGCACCUUUCGCUUCCGCAUGUGACCUCGCAAACUCUGGAGAGGCCUCAAGGCGUAUCGGCGGAGAGAACGCCGGCGGAAAAGGCGGCGACAAACGCGCAGAGGGUGCCGCAGCUAGCCAUGGCGAGCGAGGUGUACAUACACCUCAACUCGAGGGCGGCGCUCUGCCGGAAGGCAAACUCGCGUCUUCUGCUUCCGCGCAGCAGGUGCAGCAGCGCGUGAGCUCUCGGUUUUCGUCCAUGGCGUGUCUCUCGCCGCUGUCGCAGGCCUUCCUCGCGUCGAUGCGCUUCUCCUUCGCGACGCCUGUGCAAGAAGCAUGCAUCCCUCUGCUCCUCGCAGGUGUACAUACACCUGGGAGCUCGGCACCCGGCGCGUCUCCGAAGCUUCUCCAGCGCAGGGACCUCGCAGUCGAGGCGCCUACAGGGUCGGGGAAGACGCUCGCCUUCGUGUUGCCGGUCGUUGAACGCCUGCUCAGCCGCCUUCGUCUGUACGAACUCGCGCGCUCUUCUGCGUCUCCUCCUCCCUCCUCUCUUGGAGACCUUUCGGAGCUCAUCUGGGACCGAGAGCGCCGCCGCCGCUCUCUCCUCGACGCGCCUCUCUCGUCCUCGCCCUCUGGGGAGAGCCAAGAGUCUCUUGCGGUGGAAGGCGCCUCCCAGAAGAAAAGGACGGCGGCGCGAGGCGAAGUCGAAGCUGCAGACGACACCGCGCGCGCGCCUCACUCUCCAGAGUACGUCGUUUUUCUCAACCAAGUCCUCGAACGCAAGCCUGCCUCCACUUCCUCCUCCCCUUCUUCUGCAGACGGCGAGGGAGAGAACUCUUGUCGCAUCGGGGCAGUGCUGCUGGCGCCCACCCGCGAGCUCGCUCGGCAGAUCUUCAGCAUCGUCCAGAGCCAUGUCCGAUUCGUCGAAGAGACGGUCCUGCUCCGCUUCGACGCAGCUGCUGCACAUUCAUCCAAGGAGUCUCGGAAGCGCAGACGAGCACAAACUCCGCAGGGAGAAGAAGAGGAGGUGAUUGCAGCAGAAGCAGACGGGGAAGCUGGCGUUUCGCCUGGGAGUUUCUCGCCUUCUUCUCAUGCCUUCUUUCUUCAAAGCAUACUCUUAACGGGUGGUACGCGCCCUCUGGAGGCAGACUUGAGAGCUCUCGAGAGACGCGCCAGCCGUCGGGCGCUGUUUGUUCUGGUGGCAACUCCGGGGCGUCUCUCGCGACUGGUUGAAACGGAGCGAGCGACUCGCGAACCGUUGCGCUGGUCCUUUGACGAACUGGACGUGGUCGUCGUCGACGAAGCAGAUCGGCUUAUGGACGAGCAACACACAGACGAGCUGCGGAACUUGCUGCGCUACUUUCGCGAGAAGAAGGCCAGCGCCCAGACCGAGAAACGUCUCUCCGCGGCCGCGCAGGCCGAGGCGCGUGAAGACGCGCGUUUGAGUUUUCGAGUUGCUGUUUUUUCAGCGACACUUACAGGGGCGAUGGCGGAGCAGAGCAAGACGAAGGACCUCUGGGGCAUCGUGAAAGAUCCUGUGUGCGUCCGUGUGGCUACGCCGCUGGCCUCACGCAUCUCUAAAGCGGAGCAAGAGAAAUCUGCAUGCAUUCAACACGACGUCCCAACGACGCUCUCCAACUUCUACGCGAUCUGCGACUACGACGAAAAACUUCCUUUUCUCGUCGACUUCAUAAAGACGCAGAUCAUUCCUCACAACGCGAGCUGCAUCGUCUUCCUCCUCACCUGCCACUGCGUCGAGUACUUCUACGGCCUCCUCCGUGCUCUCCUUCUCUGCCCCCCUUCUUCCUCUUCUUCCCCUUCUUCCUCUUCUUCUUCUCCUUCUGCGUCUUCUGCCGCGUCUUCUGCUUUGCCUGUGCAGCUGAGUAGGCUUCACGGUCGGAUGAAGCAGCGCGCGCGGUUAGCUGCAUGCAAGAAGUUCGCUUCCUCUGGGAAAGAGCCGAAGGUGCUCCUGGCGACUGAUGUAGCUGCGCGAGGUCUCGACUUCCCCGACGUCGACUGGACCCUGCAGCUCGACCCCCCGCAGAACCCAGAGGUGUUCGUACACCGCAUCGGAAGAGCCGCGCGCGCAGGACGUUCUGGCUGUGCGCUUCUUCUGUUGCUACCACACGAAGAUGCGUAUCUUCCCUUCCUCAAGAACCGGGGGCUGUCAAUCGCUGCGUACGCAAACGCAGAGCGAACAGUCGCAAAAAAAGAAAUCAACGAGGCCGCAAAAAAUGAAGUGCUGCAGGACCGCGCACUCGUUCUGAAAAGUUCCAAGGCCUUCGUCUCCUUCGUUCGCGCGUACAAGGAACACCAGCUCUCCUUCCUUCUGCCCUUUCAGAAUCUGGAUCUCGGACGCCUCGCGACCGCCUUUGCGUUGCUGCGUUUGCCGCGCAUGAAAGAGAUCGUAGGCCGCCGCAUUUCCAACUUCACACAGAGCGCCGCAGAUCCGCUGAAGAUUCCUUUUCGAUUCGACUCCGCCCGCGAGGCUGAGCGGCUGGCUGGACUCUCAGACGCCCUCGAGCAGCGCGCGAAGCGACACACAGAGAGGGAACGCAGACGCGAGAACGCGAGAAAAAAACAAAGUGAAAAAGAAGCGCGAGCAGACCUACGCAACCCCCACCGAACGAAAGCCGAAAAACGAAAAGUCAAAAGGCGCAAUGCUUUGGACGAGUGGGAAGAGCUCGCUUUCGAAGAACGCAUGGCUCGUAAACUGAGGAAGGGAAAACUUUCAGAAGUUGAGUACGAAAGGGAACUGAAAAAGCGCGGCGAGCAGUUUGCGGACGACUUCUCGGACGUUUCUGGAGGCGACUCGGAAGCGGACUCGCUGGCCGACAGCGACGGCAUCGCGGGAGACGAGGAUCCGGGGUGUACAGACACCGGAGGGCGUUCGAGCCAGGGGAGGCGAGGGUCGGACGCGUCUUCGGUGAACGAGGAGCGCGCCGACGACUGCAGCGACGUGAGCGACUUCGGCGACAGUUUGGGCGGCGAGUCUGACGAGAAGAGGCCCUCGAGUUCGAGGCCCGGCGGAGAAAAGAAUCGGCGACGCGGAGACGGUGCCCCGCACAAAAAACCGCCAAAGUGGAUUGGCACUCGAGGCCGGAAAACCAAGAAGAAGAAGUGGGGGAAACGGAAGUAGAGCAUGCGAAAAAGGGGAACCUGACGCGGCAUGCCGUCUGCCGGUGAAUCCGGACUGUCAGCGAGAAAAUUACACUUUCCUCCGUGUUUCGCCUUCGCUUCUCCACCCGUUUUCUUCGCCGCCUCUCCUCUUUGUUCGUUUCUGUUCUUCCUUGUCUUUGGCUGCGAAGCCGAGGUGCAUCGAAGCAAGGUGCGUGGCUGUCUGUGCAGGGUCGAGUGCCUGCCAAUGAAAAUUGCAUGCAUGCACCUGGACAUACGUUUGCAUGCAUGCACUGCGAUGUGUGUUCCUGCUGUCCGCAGUCUCGCGGCCACACACGAGUCUGUCGAAAUCUUCUUUCUCCGUAUCGGGGUUCGAAGGAACCCAAAACGCUCGACGCCUCUCCUCUCUUUUCCCAGUGGACAAGGGAUCCAGUGGUGUGAUGUCGCAAGCAGGAUCAAGCAUGUGUGCGCUUAGCAUCAAUACACGUAGUCAUGUGACGGAAUAGAUGUA